AAUUUGCUUACACAAACAGUGCCUAUAGCACACAUCCUUAAAUGUUUAUCUAAAAUACCGGUGUAAAAUAAAUGCAACUGGCAGGAUGGCCAGCAAGCAGCCAACCUCGCAGCAGCUUGCCUAUCUGGACGAGCUGAAGCAGCGUCUGCAGAACCUUCGGAAGCGGCAGAAGUCCUUUAUGAAUGAGACCGCACAGAUUCUGCGCACCAUCAACAAUGAUCCGGCAACUCCACAGUCGAAAACGGCAUCGACCAUCUCAUUUCCGGUAGCACCGAAGGCUGAGACUCAGGACUGUGGUGGCAAGAUCAAGGAGCUGAUCAAACGCUUCGAGGAUCUGCGCCAAACAUCGAGACAGUUCAGCGACCAGACGUUGCCCGACGAGCUGGUGGGCGUGGAUGUCCGCAAGCUACUCAAGGGAUAUGAGAAGCUCAUAAUGGAGGGUAACAUUCUGCAAAAUUCCUGGCUCCUGUUGAGGAAAACUACCGAAAGUUGUGCGCGUCAGGCCAACAGCGAUGAGCCAAACUUGAAGACUACGAGCUCAAAAUCCUCUUCUUUCGCAGAGCACACGUCCGACUGCCCAGAGAACGAUCUACCCAGUGCUCCAAUAGGUCCAUCCCGAACCCAACAAGAGCCUACCAUAGAGAAGGCAUUCAGCGACCAGGCCGACUGGGCGAAAUGGAGCGAUGGUAAACCCAACCGUCAACGUUUCGGGGCUAUACUUCAUUUGUUACUUCGCAUUUUCAACAGGGGCUGCACGAUGAAGUCUCGUCGAGCGCGAUGAAAAGCAAAGAAUGCGAGAAAUAUGAGAGAUAAGUGAGAGGAAGGUCAUAGCAAAUUCUCCGUCAACGUCAAGUACAUCAUGCAAUUAAUAGAUAUAUGUUUUUAAUACAAUAAUACUAGAUGCAGUCAAACAGAAACUGAAUUGAUUAAAACCAAACUCCCGGCCAGAGCAUAAAUCAAUAGCCGCACCACA